AACACUCAUGGGAAGAUGGUGAAGUUGAAGCAGGUCCUGAUGGACCAUUUCUUGCAACUGACUAGUCAGGAGGUUCAGGGCCUCUCACCAGAAGACCAGCAAUGCACACAAGCCUCCCAGAACUUGGAAAAGAGAAUGGGCCACAUACUGUCCUGGAUGGUCAACCUCUUAUGGUCUGAGGCUGUAAAGAAACUACAGUUCAAAGGACCUCUCCCUCACUGGCACUCUACAUGUGACACCAAAGCUGGGCAACAGACCUUGUCAUCUUGGCAGCCAGACCAACCCGGUCCCUGGCUGGGUAGUUUUGAAGCUGCCUUUGCCGGCCAUGUCCUGUCCAAACAUGGUACUGCCAUCAAUGAAUUUUGCCAUGACAACUUCGAGAGCUAUGAGGCCUAUCAGAGAAAAAAAUACCACAAGGACAAGAACCCCAGUGGCAUCAUUAACUUGGGCACCAGUGAGAACAAACUCUGCUUUGACCUUCUGUCUAGGCGGCUGACACAGAGUGACAUGCUUCACGUGGAGCCAUCCCUGCUGCAGUACCCUGACUGGAGGGGACAUUUGUUCCUCCGGGAAGAAGUGGCACGUUUCUUGUCUCUCUACUGUAAGAGCCCAGCACCCCUCAAACCAGAGAACGUGGUUGUUCUGAAUGGCUGUGCCUCUCUCUUUUCGGCCCUGGCCACAGUGCUGUGUGAGGCAGGAGAGGCUCUCCUGAUCCCCACCCCUUACUAUGGAGCCAUUACCCAGCAUGUCUAUCUCUAUGGCAAUGUCCGACUGGCCUAUGUCUACCUGGACAGCAAGGUAACUGGACUGAACACACGUCCCUUCCAGCUCACAGUGGAGAAACUGGAGAUGGCCCUGCAAGGAGUUAAUUCUGAGGGCGUCAAGGUUAAAGGCCUCAUCCUCAUCAACCCCCAGAAUCCUCUGGGUGAUAUCUACUCCCCUGAAGAGCUACAGGAGUUCCUGGGAUUUGCCACGAGGCACCAGCUGCAUGUGAUCAUGGAUGAGGUUUACAUGCUCUCCGUGUUUGAAGAGUCUCUUGGGUACCACAGUGUCCUGAGCCUGGAAAGGCUACCGGACCCCCAGAGGACACAUGUGAUGUGGGCCACCAGCAAGGACUUCGGGAUGUCUGGGCUCCGCUUUGGCAUACUGUACACAGAAAACCAGCAUGUGGCUACUGCCGUGGCCUCCCUCUGUCGCUAUCAUGGCCUCAGUGGCCUGGUCCAAUACCAGAUGGCACAGCUGCUCCGGGACCAUGACUGGAUCACCCAGGUGUACUUGCCAGAAAACCACACCCGGCUCAAGGCUGCUCAUACCUAUGUCUCAGAGGAGCUCAAAGCCUUGGGGAUCCCCUUCGUGAGCCGUGGGGCAGGCUUCUUCAUCUGGGUUGACUUGAGAAAGUACCUUCGUCAAGGCACAUUUGAAGAGGAGGUGUUGCUCUGGCGCCGAUUUUUGGAUAACAAGGUGCUGCUGUCAUUUGGUAAGGCCUUUGAGUGCAAAGAACCUGGCUGGUUCCGGAUCGUCUUCUCAGACAAGGAGAACCGGCUCUGUCUGGGGAUGCAAAGGGUGCGGCAGGUGCUUGAAGGUCAAUCUCAAGUAGUGGAAGAUGCCUCUCCUUGUCAUACUCAGGAUCCAAGUACCCAGCCCAUAUGAACAAGCCUCUGCCUCACAAGCAGCCACUGUCCCUAUGACCUGGACAUGUGGGGCCACAGAAGACUGAAUGUGCAUGUGCCAUUUGUCGGUAGGAUUUUGUCACUUGGCUUUGGCCUUGAAGGACUGUUUCCUGCCCUCCCUGCUGGCAGUGGGAAGGUGUUUAAACUGAUGUUUUUCUGGGCUGUUGCUGUCCUCUGUUCAGUGGGAUUGGGACCAGCAGAUGCCUGUGUUGUGAAUAGUGUACAGGAUGGGAAGUCAUGACUGCUCCUAAUCACAACUCCUCCCUAGGACACAAGAGUAAACAAGCAACUGUUCAUUCUUUGUAA